GCGAUCCUUCUCACCGGGCGCCCUGCGAGUGACGUAACUGACGUCCUCCUGCGCGGCCAUGAGGUGUGACGUCAGGCCGGCGCAGACGUGGGAGCGGAGGCCGGGCACAGUGCUGGUGAAGGCGCUGGCUCUUUAAGAACACUUACUGGAGAUGCCACAUUGUGAAAUACUGAAAGUUUAGGCCUUUUCGCUCUCCCGAUCCCGGAUGCCUGGCGAGAUGACAGCAAAUAUUCAGAAUAUGUACAUAUCUCUUAAGGGAUCACUGGGCAUUCGCUACACGAGAGGAGGAAUUCUCAUGAGUUCGGGCAGCGAGCUGAAACCAGAAGGACUGGAUAGAACAAGGGAAAACACACAGCACAUCUAUCAUAUAUGGCCUUAAAGGGACACUCAAGCCUGAAACUAUGAUGUCUUCAGAGGAGAAAGAGAGUAAGGAAGGACUCAUCGAAUUUUAUUCUUCAUACCGGGAACUCUUUGAGUUCUUCUGUAACAACACAACCAUUCAUGGUGCCAUCCGGCUGGUGUGCUCCCGAAACAAUCGCAUGAAAACCGCGUUUUGGCUUGUCUUGUUCCUGGUCACCUUUGGACUCCUAUAUUGGCAAUUUGCGCUUCUUUUUGGACAGUACUUCAGCUACCCAGUGAGCAUCACCGUAAAUGUCAAUUCAGACAAGAUGUUUUUCCCGGCUGUGACCGUGUGCACCCUGAAUCCGUACAGAUACCAGGUUAUCCUGGAGGACCUGGAACAGCUGGAUAGAGAUACACAAGAGACCUUAUAUACUCUGUAUGGGUAUAAUGUUACUGGGGUACAAGGAAGGGUCCCUACAAGUAGAAGGAAACGUGAAGCCAGAGCACCGCUCCGCCACCCUUUUGAAAAAAUACCUAUUGGAGAAAGUGUUCAUAGGCGAGCCAGAAGCGUGGCCACAAAUGAUAGUGAAGCGGUGGAAGUGAAACGUCGAGAUUUUAACUUUGGAUUUAAGCUGUGUAAUGAAACAGGAGGAGACUGUUUUUAUAAGACCUACAGCUCAGGAGUAGACGCUAUCCGGGAAUGGUAUCGCUUUCAGUACAUUAACAUCCUGGCUAGGGUGCCCAUUCAAGAAAAUAUCGAAGAGGCACAACUGGCCAACUUCAUAUUUGCCUGCAGAUUCAAUGAGGAGCACUGUCUGAAUGAGGGGAAUUUCAAACACUUUCACCAUGCGAUCUAUGGAAACUGCUACACGUUUAACCACAAUCGUUCUGAAAGUGAAACAUGGAACUCCUCGAUGCCGGGGAUAAAAAAUGGUUUAACCCUUGUCCUGCGCACAGACCAGUACGAUUAUAUUCCAUUAUUAUCCACUGUGGCUGGAGCACGUGUCUUGGUUCACGGCCACAAAGAACCAGCCUUCUUGGAUGACGGUGGGUUUAACAUCCAGCCCGGUGUGGAGACUUCUAUUGGAAUGAGAAAAGAAUCGGUGAGUCGUCUCGGAGGGGACUACAGUGACUGCACUGAAGACGGCAGUGACAUUCCCGUGAAGAAUUUAUUUAACAGUGAAUAUACCCAGCAGGUCUGUGUACGUUCCUGCUUUCAGGCCAUCAUGGUGGAACGCUGCGGUUGUGCCUACGCCUUUUAUCCUCUUCCUGAGGGAGCGGAGUUCUGCGAUUACGAGAAGCACAAGAGCUGGGGUCACUGUUUCUACAAGCUGAAUAAAGCCUUAGGUGCCCAUCAGCUGGGAUGUUUCGCCAAGUGCCGCAAACCGUGCCACCUGGUAGACUAUCAGCUUAAUGCCGGAUACUCCCGUUGGCCGACUAAAGUCAGUGAGAACUGGGUGCUUCAAACUCUGUCAAAGUCCAAUACAACCAAGAGGGAUGGAGUAGCAAAACUUAACCUUUACUUUGAAGAAAUGAACUACAAAAACAUCAAAGAAUCUGCUACCAUUAAUAUGGUAAUGCUGUUAUCCUUGAUGGGAAGCCAGUGGAGUCUAUGGUUCGGCUCUUCGGUCCUUUCAGUGGUGGAGAUGUUAGAGUUGGUCUUUGAUAUCAUCGCCAUUGGUACAAUCAUUCUUUUGCAUCGUUACUACACCCGUAAAAAUAUGUCCUUGGAAGAGCCAGGAGGAGUACCGCCGACCGACCCCUCCUAUGGACAAAGGGAACAGCAAAAUUCCCAGAUACUACGCAAUGUCCCCUCACAGAGCCAAAUGAGAGUUGUAGCUGAUAUCACCCCCCCACCGGCCUAUGAGACUCUUGACUUGAGAUCUCUGGGAGGAAAUUCAUCUCGUAAUUCCAGCAUUCGUAGUUAUGCUUCACAUCAUGGAGAGGCUGGAUGGAGGGGUGAAUGAGAGGAGAAAGAGGUCAUUGGGUAACUGAGGUUAUAUAGGACGAGGGAAAUAAUAGCCAGGGAGGCGGGGGUGGCGCACCCUUAAUAAAUACACUGGACUCAUAACUAUAAGUACGCUGUAUUCUUUCAGUGAUCCUAUUGACCAAGAAGCACAAGUUUUUGUUCUGCCUUGGCUACUAGAAAAAAAGGACCUGUAGCCAUAAGACCAGUUUCACUUGGAUGUAUUAUGGCCAAAUUUUUGCAUCUGUAUUACGGUCUCAAGUCCUGGCCUGACCAUAGGUCCGAGGACUCAUACUGACAGCUGUCAGUUCAGGUCACCAGACCAGUGAGCAGACCCAAAAAUGUGGCCAUAUUACACCAGUACGAGCCAGCCUUAGGCUCGGUUUACACAAAGUAUUUUGAUCAGUAUUUGGUCAGUAUAACAAAGAACUACAAUAGAAAAAAUUGCACACAUUUUCAGUGGUUUUGGUUGGUUCUACAUGGGAGCAUUUGGCAAAACACUGAGCUCCAAAUACUGCCAUAUAAAACCAGCCCAGUUUUGGCAAAAAUCCUAAUUGAACUACAUACCAAAAACUGACCACAAUACUAUGUGUUAACCUGGCCUCAUAUGCUCACAUAGGGCAGCAUAUAAAGCUGACAUAUCUGCUUUCAAACUUUCUACCAUCAAAUUGUUAAAGGGGUAUUCCACUACCCCAGCGUUGGGACCAUUUAGUUCCGAACGCUGGGUGUGGGCUUGAGGGGUCGCCACGCCCCCUCAAUGCAAGUCUAUGGGAGGGGGCUUAGCCCCCUCCCAUAGACUUGCAUUGAGGGGGCGUGGAGUAUUCCUUUAAGUGACAUACUUUAAGUGGUACUCCUCUGCCCCGAACGCUGGGGCAGUGGAGUACCCCUUUAAGCCCACCUUUACAUACCGGAGACAAAUAAUAUUUUUUUGUGCUCUACAGCUGUUGUUUCGACCGUUUACAGCUGAAAAAACUGGUGAUUUUACAGUGUGACAACAUGGUCUAAAUGUAAAAAAAAGUAAUUUUAAGUUCAUCUAAUGGUUAAAAGUUAUUCAUUUAGAGCUAAAUUGUCAUCUUAUAUGGGAUUAAAUAAACUGAGAAAAUAUUUAAUCAUUAAGUAGAUAAAAUGCUUCUUCUCUAGUA